AUGACUGCUAUCCACACAGGCUAUGCUGAUAUUAGUUCUCGUACAAAACCUUACUGCCACCGUUGCGACCGAACAUUCGAUACCGGUCGAGCAAGAGACCAGCAUUAUGAUGCCUCGGCUCGUCACCACAUUUGCGAUGUCUGCCAGUUCGACGGCUCCUCUUAUGACGAGUUAGUACAACACAAUCGCAGCACGCUUCAUAGGAUUAUGUGCGAUGGUUGUGACGAUGAUGGGUGGUGGAUACCGGAUAGCCAAGCGUACAAGGACCAUUUGAGGAAUGACAAUGUGUGUACGACAUGCGAGCGUCAUUUCGAUAGCCUCAACAACCUGCGACAUCACAAGCUAGUGCACCUGAAACCUUCAGUCGAAUGCUAUGGUUGCACUCGGUCCUUCACUACUUAUUCUGGGAUGAUAAUCCAUCUAGAGUCUGGGACGUGUACGUCUGGUAUUGAUAUUCUGGACUUAAACAAGUCAGCUGCAAUGUGUUAUUGUUGCAAACUGCGCAGCUGUCGGAAGCAUGAACUUUGCUGAUCAUAUCACCUACCGUUUGACCGUAGAAUGACCGAUAGCCUCUAUAUAAGCAGAUGAGACGACGUAGACAAAAUGAAUUAAUCCUCUUC